UUAGAUACUGUUAGUGACCAAUGAAAGCCUCUCAUGGCCAACCACAGCGCAAAGAUGGCCAGUCUGGUGACAGUGCCAAGACACCAGCAGCACUCCAGCAGUUACAUUGAUGUCCUCGUCUUUCUUCCCCGGCCGUCGCGAGAACGAACAACAACAACGCCCUGACGCGUGUUCGCCAUGAGAAAGAUGUGUCAACUGAAAAUGGCGGCAGGAAAGCUUUACCAACGACCAUGGAGGAUUCAUUUUCCAAAAGGGCACUCGAUCGAUCGACAGGUAAACUGGUCACGGAGUAGAGUCGUUUCUAAGUCAUCAUCUCGAGUCCAACGACGUCUGUCUGUGCAUCGGAGGAGGUCGUCGUUAGAGCUUCCUACUACUUGUUCCUGCUCCCAACCAACGCCAGCGAAAGCCACCCCACCAACUCCCAGCUGCUCCGACGUACUGUCAGUCCCAUGGGUAUAAAAGGGCCCGUGGCUUGCGAUCGGCUCUGCAUCUCGCUUCGAUUUCGAUCUCCUGCCUUGCAUUAUUGAUCUCCUAGCUGCUUGCUCGUUUCGCUCCUCUUUAAUUAUUUGCUCGAUCGAACGACGGCAAUGGCGUCCGGUGGCGCGUCGCUGGCCUUGGCCGCGCUGCUCCUCGUGGGCUGCGUCGCGGCGGCGGCGGCGACCAAGUACACCGUCGGCGACGCCUCCGGCUGGACGACCACCGGCGAUUACUCCACCUGGGCCAGCGGCAAGAAGUUCAAAGUCGGCGACACUCUCCAGUUCACGUACGCCGGCGGCGCGCACACGGUGGACGAGGUGAGCGCGGCGGACUACGCCUCCUGCUCCUCCAGCAACGCGCUCAGCAGCGACAGCGCCGGCUCCACCACCGUGACCCUCAAGACGGCCGGCAAGCACUACUUCAUCUGCGGCGUCGCGGGCCACUGCAGCAGCGGCAUGAAGCUCGUGGUGGACGUCGCCGCGGCCAAGACGUCGCCCGCCCCCGUUCCGGCGCCGGCGCCGGCCGCGGCCCCGGACGCCGCGGACACCACCCCUGACGCCACUCCCGACACGACCACGACCCCCAAGUCGCCCUCGAGCUCCGGCGGCGCCACGGCCAAGACCCCGGUCACGGUCCUCUCGCCGCCGGCCAAGAAGUCCACCUCCGGCGCCGCCGUGCUCAGCGCCGCCGCGUGGGCCGGCGUGGGCCUGGCCGGGCUCGUGGCCGUGCACCUCGGCGCGUUCUAGGGCCCACGGCCAGGGCGGAGGCACUGCUUGCUUGUUUUAUUCUCGUUUUAUUUUCAUAUUAAAUAGGAUGCACGCCAUCGAUUCACGUAUUGGUUGAGGACCUGAGAGGUUUCUUUUGAUCCAGGCAACUAGUGCUUUUGCUACGCGGCGCUGGUGGCAGAUAGUUGAUGGAUACUUGGAUAUUAUGCUCUUGUUAUCAUAUUCUUUUCAUGCCUUUUUUAUCAAUAUGUUUCACUUCUAUUACAUUUUCUACGGAAAA